UGCUGCGUCAUCUAUCUUAUUAUUGUUUACAUGUGAUGUUGAGCGGAGGACACGCCGGUGUGAGUGGACAUGUCUCAGUCGGAGAAAGCAGGAGGUGACACUUCUACGAGACGCGGACAGAGACGCACAGCGGUGAAAAGGGAAGUGAAAGCAACGGUGUGUGUGAGUUCGCCGAGUUUAGCUCGCGUCCUCGCGUCCACGGAUUUGUGAUGGCGGACACGCAGAGGACUCUGUCUGCCUUCAGGCGGCUCAGCUACGCAGUGGGACAUGUCCUCAACGACCUGUGUGCGUCUAUGUGGUUCACGUACCUGCUGGUGUUCUACCACACAGUGCUGGGAUUCCAGAACACCAACGCAGGUUUCCUGCUGCUGGUUGGUCAGGUGGCUGAUGCCAUCUCCACUCCUCUGGUUGGAUACGAGUCUGACAAAAGCCCCGGCUGUGGAAACUACGGCAAGAGGAAGACAUGGCACCUCGUGGGCACGCUGAGCGUGUUGGUGUCCUUUGCCUUCAUCUUUAAUCAGUGUCUGGGCUGCGACCUCUACACUCCUCAGUGGGUCAGCCUCAUCUACUUCAUUCCGUUCAUCGUUGUCUUCCAGUUUGGCUGGGCAGCUACGCAGAUCUCCCACCUGUCUCUCAUUCCGGAGCUGGUCACAUGUGAACACGCUAAAGUAGAGCUCACUGCAUACAGAUACGCGUUCACCGUGAUCGCCAACAUCACCGUGUACGCCGUGGCCUACCUGCUGUUCCAUGUGCAGGCCAAUGGCGAUGAUGAACUGGGACCACAAGACAUCCCCAUCUUCAGGAACCUGGCACUGAUUGUGCUGGGCGUGGGUGCACUGUUCUCCGUCUUCUUCCACUUGGGAACCACAGAGUCGCGGCCUGAGGCUGCAGGAUAUGAGGGAGGAGGAGGAGGAGAAGAAGAAGAAGAAGAAGAAGGGGAGCGGAGGCCUCUUCUUCCUCGCCCUAAGGCAUCCUCUUCUCUCCUGCAGUGGAAGUGUUGGCUGCAGCAGCCGUCAUUCUACCAGGUGGCCUUACUCUACAUGUCCACCAGAUUAAUGGUGAAUCUGUCUCAGACCUACAUCGCAAUGUAUCUCGUCAACACUCUGGGUCUGCCCAAGAACUUCAUAGCAACAAUCCCGUUAGUCAUGUACCUGAGCGGCUUCCUGUCCUCCUUCAUCAUGAAGCCUGUCACCAAACUGAUAGGAAAAUGUCUGACCUACUUCUUGGGCCUGCUGCUGAUCAUGGUCUUCUCCUACUGGGUGCUGCUGGACGACCGCAUGGAUCAGCGGGUGUACGGGGCGGCUGCUCUGCUGGGCGUCGGCUCGGCCACCAUCCUGGUCAUAUCACUCUCCAUGACCGCUGAGCUCAUCGCCGACCAGACUCAAAGCGGAGCCUUUGUUUACGGAGCCAUGAGUUUCACCGACAAGGUGGCAAAUGGAGUGGCAGUGAUGAUCAUCCAGGCACUGCAUCCCUGCCAUACUGUGGUGUGUUGUCCAGACUGUGUGUGGUUCUAUCACUAUGUCAUGGUCAUAGUGACCGGAGGCGUGGCUGUUGUCGCAGCGUUGGCCCUCUGCACCAUCUUCAUCUGGCCAAUCAGGAUCAGACCACGUGGUGUAUCAGAUGUCACUGAUAAUCAGCUGCCAGCAUCAACUAAUAACUCCGCCCCUGCUCUGUCCUCCUCCUCCUCUCACAUUUAUACCCGGCCCUUGUUUUCCCAUCAUUCCCCCCCCCCAAAAAAUACACUUUUUUUAAUGAUGGCACAGAUAAUCUGAGGAAUCAGGAGAAUAUCAGUGAGAGGCACAGAGGAUUAGACGCUAAGGUUUAUUACGAUGUUAAUCCCAUCCUCCAUGAAGAACCCAGGGACCAAACUCCAGAUUAAAUAACCCUCAUGUCAGUGCAGGGGUCAGAGGGUCACUGACAGGAACAUGUUUUUGCUCCACAUAUUAUUUUAAGACUAACACACUACAGUAUUUCAGCAAUUUUGAUCUCACAAAACUUGAUAAAUGUUACCGAGUCACUACAACUUUAUUUUUUCAUGUUGGCAAACAGACUAAAGUCCCUUUUCCACCUAUGGUCACCUCGCCACAGCACGCCACGGGUUAGGUUUAAGUUGGUUUUCCACUACAAAAAAAGUAACUACUCAGUGUGGGCGGAGUCAUCACUGCACGGCUGCAUGAAACUGCGGCAGUCUGGCAUUGUAUCGCCUCAGCUCACUUGGAACCUUGCCAGAGCAGGUACUUAAAAAAAAGCACCUGGUACAAGGUACUAUGCAAGUGGAAACACACCUUAGCCGUAAUGCCGAGUUGAGUCAAGUCAAGCUGGUGGAAACGUGCCAUAAAACAUUAGGCAGAAUAAGAUGCUAGAAUAAGAUGCUCCUUGACUUUUAAAUGGGCGCCCUCACCAACUAGUUUUAAACAACAUAUACAUUUAUUUUUCACAUGAUUAUCUACAUUUGCUGAACAUAUAAAAUAUUAUGUCAAUUUCACUACCAAGCAAAAAAAGUCCAAUAUUGUCACAUCUCACGAAUGGUGAGUCCCAGUUUUGACACUGUGUGAAUGGAACGCCCCAAAAAACACGCACAUUUGACAUAUUUAUGAUUAAAACGGCUACUUAUUGAUUAUCUGUUACAGCUGUUUUUAGUAUAUCAGUGGGAAAUGAUGGUAGAAGGCUCCAGGGUCACAUGACAGAGAGACAUGUGAUGAGGAUGAUGGUGAUGAUGAUGAUGAGCGACUUCGGAGUCAGGAAAUGAGAAGAAAAAAAGGACCAUUUUAAAAUUAUGGGACAAGAAACUACGCACAAGUAUAAACCACUAUGUUCACAUACGCACAGACCUUCAGUGGUCACAUGACAAAUGACCAUGAGCUUCACAGCUGGACUGCCAUGAGGAGGAGGAGGAGGAGGAGGAGGAAGGCCUUGUUGCAACGCACUGGUGGCACUUAAAAAAACAGACCUUUACACUCGAGUGUGACUGAUCGGCACAGUCAGCGUUUCUCUGCUGCUGCUGCUGCUGCUGCUGCUGCUGAGUCACUGCAGCCUCGCGGCUUUGCGGCUGCACAGAAAAAAAACUUGGUGCGUUUCUGGGAAAACAUGGAUCAAUUUAUCAUUCGGUGUUUUUUUAUUAUUGUAUCUGUUUAAAUUGUAUGGAAUAUGAUGAUGAAUGCAAAGUAUUUUUAUAUAAUUACAUAUAAUCAAAGCUUGAUACAACCAAACUUUAAAGGGAUCAACACCAACAUUACUAAUUAUGUGUGCUUUAGUGAAUGUGGAUAUAAGGGAAUGACGGGUAGAGGAUCACAACAGACACCAGGCUGCAACUAACUCAUAUUAUCUGUCGAUUGUUUUCUCAAUUAAUCGAGGUUUUGUUUACAGUGUUUUACCAAACCUGGUUAGUUUUUCCAUCUCAUGUGCGCUGGGGUUUUGUUUUUCAUGAUUUGAUUCUGUGUUGUUGUUGUUGUUGUCGUCGUCAUGACAACGUCUUUCAUAAAGGGACUUGCGUGAAAUCAG